AUGGAUGCCCCCGAUAGUCCAUUUCCAGAUCUAGUAAACAAGCUUAAGUCUUGGAUCCGGCGGAGUGAGCCGGCUAAUGUGUCCAGGGACUUUUGGAUGCCCGAUCAGAGUUGUAGGGUAUGCUACGAAUGUGAUUCUCAGUUUACGCUUUUUAACCGAAGGCAUCAUUGUCGUCAUUGUGGCAGGGUUUUCUGUGCUAAGUGUACAUCGAACUGGAUUCCUGCAUCGUCAUCGUGUAGUAGUAGUACCGAAUUAAGGACUCCUCGGGAAGAGUGGGAAAAGAUCAGAGUUUGUAACUAUUGUUUCAAGCAAUGGAAGCAAGGUUUAACUGCUUCUGCUUUUGUUGUUCAUGAUGGUGGGGUUCAGGGCACCAGUCUGGAUCAUCUCAGUAUUUCACCGUCCACCACCAGUUUUAUUAGCAGCAAGUCUAGCGGGACUGUUAACAGUAGUAGCAUCACGAUUGCAUCAAUGCCACAAUCUGAUGGGGUUAGCCCUCAUCAGUCGUCUGCAGUGUUGGAGACAGCCGCCUUAGAACGGCAAACUGUUGCAGAAUCAAGAAUGUGCAAGGAUUUUGGUGUUGAAGCGGCUCAAAGUGAUCAUCAGCCUCCCAUAUCAUUUGGAUAUAGUAUGAACAGGAAUAGUGAUGAUGAUGACGAAUUUGGAGUUUAUCGAUUGGAGUCCAAAACGGUGCAUUUCCCAAAUGUUAAUGGCUAUUAUGGGCAUAUGCAGUUUGAUGAAAUUACUAAAGAUUAUAGUUCUCGUAAAGUUCACCCUGAUGCUGCAGCUGUUGACUCAAAGAGCAUCAGUAGCUCGCCGCUGAACAGUAGUUUGGACUCCAGUUGCCUAGUUCCUGAAGAAGCCCAUCAUAAUGAACAAAAAGGUGGGCAAGAUAUUAGUGACGAAUGUGAACCAUCUUCAUCUUUAAUUCCAGAAGAAGAUGUAGCCGCUGAACCUGUAGACUUUGAGAACAAUGGAGUUCUGUGGCUUCCACCUGAACCAGAAGAUGAAGAAGAUGAACGGGAAGCACUUCUGUUUGAUGAUGAUGACGAAGGGGAUGCUGCCGGAGAGUGGGGCCAACUGCGUUCUUCUAGUAGUUUUGGAAGUGGAGAGUUCCGAAGUAGAGAAAAGUCAAACGAGGAACACAAGCGGGCGGUGAAGAAUGUGGUUGACGGACAUUUCAGGGCUUUGGUUGCUCAGCUUUUGCAGGUUGAGAAUCUCUAUUCUGGGGAGGAAGAUGACAAAGAAGGUUGGUUAGAGAUAAUUACAUCUCUUUCUUGGGAAGCUGCAACAUUAUUGAAGCCUGAUAUGAGUAAAGGCGGGGGAAUGGAUCCUGGAGGAUAUGUAAAAGUAAAAUGUAUAGCUUCUGGCCGGCGUAGCGACAGUAUGGUGGUCAAAGGAGUUGUUUGUAAGAAAAAUGUUGCCCAUCGAAGGAUGACUUCGAAGAUAGAGAAACCCCGUAUACUGAUUCUUGGAGGUGCUCUUGAAUACCAGAGGGUUUCUAACCUGCUGUCAAGUUUUGAUACUCUGCUGCAGCAGGAGAUGGAUCAUCUGAAGAUGGCUGUGGCAAGAAUAGAUUCUCACAAUCCUGAUGUUCUUCUGGUGGAGAAAUCGGUUUCUCGGUACGCUCAAGAGUAUCUUCUGGCCAAGGACAUCUCCCUUGUUCUAAAUAUUAAAAGGCCACUUUUAGAGCGCAUAGCUCGCUGCACAGGAGGUCAGAUCGUUCCUUCUAUUGAUAGUCUUUCAUCGCCGAAGUUGGGAUAUUGUGACUUGUUUCAUGUUGAGAGGUUUCUUGAAGAGCAUGGCUCAGCUGGUCAGGGUGGGAAGAAGCAGGUCAAAACAUUAAUGUAUUUUGAAGGAUGUCCAAAGCCAUUAGGUUGCACUAUUUUACUUAAAGGUGCCAGCGAGGAUGAACUAAAGAAAGUGAAGCAUGUUGUGCAGUAUGGAGUUUUUGCAGCAUAUCAUGUAGCUUUGGAGACGUCGUUUCUUGCUGAUGAAGGAGCCUCUUUGCCAGAACUUCCUUUGCAAUCUCCCAUUACUGUGGGACUUCCAGAUAAACCAUCAACCAUUGACCGGUCUAUCUCGACAGUGCCCGGUUUCUCUGCUAAUAAUGAUCAGGCUCUCGGACCUCAAUCUGAAGGUGAACCUCAAAGGUCAAUUAGCCUGCCUUCUCCGAAACCUGCCAGGAUGACCAACAAUUUUAUUGACAAGAUGGGGUCAGAAGAUUACUCUAACUUGACUGCUGCAGCUGUUUCCGAGUCCAUCAAGCAGGCCAUCACAUGUUCUCAACAAGUUCUCUCUAAAGCUUCCUUUAGUGAGGACAGUCAUUCAGGAGAUCAAUCCCGUGCUAACGGUUUUGUACUUUCAGAUGCCGACGAACAGGGAUUUCGUAAUGCCAAUAAUAUGCUGAACGAGUUCAAUGUACAAGAUACAAAUCAAGACAUUUCAGAUAUGUCUUCAUCACAAGUAAAUGCAAUGCCUGCAUUUGAAGAACCGGUUCCCAUGAAGGAUGAGUUUCCUCCUUCUCCCUCUGAUCACCAAAGUAUCUUGGUUACUUUAUCUUCCAGAUGUGUGUGGAAAGGGACUGUUUGCGAGAGGUCCCAUCUCUUUCGAAUAAAGUAUUAUGGAAACUUUGACAAACCAUUGGGCCGUUUUCUACGAGAUCACUUAUUUGAUCCUAGUUAUAGAUGCCGCUCUUGCGAGAUGCCUUCAGAAGCACAUGUGCAGUGUUAUACUCAUAGGCAAGGCACGCUGACAAUUUCUGUGAAGAAGCUGCCAGAAAUUCUUUUACCAGGUGAAAGGGACGGAAAGAUUUGGAUGUGGCAUCGGUGUUUGAAGUGUCCCCGGACAAAUGGUUUUCCUCCCGCAACCCGAAGAAUAGUGAUGUCAGAUGCUGCUUGGGGAUUAUCUUUUGGAAAGUUUCUCGAGCUCAGUUUUUCAAACCAUGCAGCUGCAAGUAGGGUGGCAAGCUGUGGUCAUUCUUUACACCGGGAUUGUUUGAGAUUUUACGGAUUCGGGAAAAUGGUAGCGUGCUUUCGUUACGCAUCAAUUGAUGUUCACUCAGUCUAUCUUCCUCCUCCGAAGCUUGAUUUUAACUUUGAGAAUCAGGAAUGGAUACAAAAAGAAGUGAAUGAGGUUGUUGGCCGGGCUGAGCUGUUGUUUUCAGAAGUAUUAAAUGCUCUCCGUCUUUUGGUGGAGAAAAAUUUUGGUUCGGCUUUGCCUAGUGCUGGUGCAAAAAUACCUGAGUCAAGACGGCAAAUCACAGAUUUAGAAGGAACAUUGCAGAAGGAAAAGGCUGAAUUUGAGGACUCCCUGGAAAAAAUUUUGAAGAAGGAUGUGAGAAAGGGCCAGCCAGUUGUUGAUAUCUUUGAGAUUAAUAGACUGCGUAGACAACUAAUAUUUCAAUCCUAUCUGUGGGAUCAGAAACUAAUUUAUGCAUCAAGUUCAGGUAAUCUCAGUCCAGCUGAGAAAGCUGCCACCAGUUUUGCUCUGGAUGCAAUGCCUAGUGAGGACAACAUGGAUUCAAACGUUUACGUUAAAACAAUCCAAUUUUCAGCUUCUGUCGAUCUAAAUUUGGAUAAAAUAGAUGAUCGCGGUGUUACUAGGAGUGAAGUUCUCUCUGAAGCUAUUCUUCAUGAUUCUAGUGAUGACCAGAAAAAUCUAUCUGAAGUUGCUCAUAAGGAAAUCGAUACAAAUUCAAAUCCAGAAUUUGUGAAAUGUCGAUCAGUGGCUUCUUCUGGGAUAGACUUCCAUCAGGAGCCUGAUCUCUUGGAACCCAAUCUUAGCAUCCGCAGGGUCCUCUCUGAUGGGCAGUUUCCAACCGUAGCAAGUCUCUCAGACACGCUUGAUGCUGCUUGGACAGGUGAAAACCAUCCAGGUGUCGUGAUAUCCGUGGACAGUACUGUAAGAGCUUCUGAUACCCCCAUAUCAGAUUCAUCAACUGGAGUAACUGCUGAAAAAUUGGAUAUGGACAAUAAUCAUUUCGAAGAUCUCGCUGGGUCUAAAAUUGUAUCCUCUCCUUUACUGUCUUCUAGAAGUUCCGAUACUACAGAAGACAGCUUGCCAUGGUUAGGUAUCCCUUUUAUAAGCUUCUACCGCUCAUGGAACAAAAGCUUCCUCCUCGGUAACACUCAGAAACUGGAUCCACUGACUGAGUAUAACCCUGUUUACAUCUCCUCUUUCCGAGACGCAGAACUUCAAGGCGGGGCUAGAUUGCUCCUACCUUUAGGGAUAAAUGAUACCGUUAUUCCUGUGUAUGAUGAUGAGCCCACCAGCGCUAUAGCUUUUGCCUUGGCUUCCCCUGAUUAUGUAGCCCAACUCUCAGAUGAUCUUGACCGACCAAAGGACUUUGUGGAUCCCGUGGUCUCAUUGCAGUCUUAUGAUUCAGGGAAUUUUCAGUCCUUUCAUUCACUGGAUGAAAUAUCGUUGGAAUCUUAUAGAAGCCUUGGAUCUGCUGAUGAAAGUAUCUUAUCCAUGUCAGGGCUCACUCGUACCUUGUCGUCAUCGGGGGUAGAUCCUCUUUCUUACACCAAAGCUAUGCAUGCCAGAAUAUCUUUUACUGAUGAUGGACCCCUCGGAAAGGUUAAAUAUACCGUAACCUGUUACUAUGCAAAGCGUUUUGAAGCCUUGAGGCGGGUUUGCUGCCCGUCUGAGAUGGACUUCAUUAGAUCUCUUAGCCGAUGCAAGAAGUGGGGGGCCCAGGGUGGCAAGAGUAAUGUCUUUUUUGCAAAAACCUUGGACGAUAGGUUUAUCAUUAAGCAAGUGACUAAGACAGAGCUGGAAUCUUUUAUAAAAUUUGCUCCUGGAUAUUUCAAGUAUCUUUCUGAAUCCAUUGGUUCAGGGAGCCCUACCUGUCUUGCAAAGAUUCUAGGGAUUUAUCAGGUUACAUCGAAGCAUUUUAAGGGGGGAAAGGAAUCGAAAAUGGAUGUGCUCGUCAUGGAGAACCUACUUUUUGGAAGGAAUGUGAUGAGGCUGUAUGAUCUUAAGGGAUCUUCAAGGUCUCGAUAUAAUCCAGAUUCCAGUGGGAGUAAUAAGGUUUUAUUAGAUCAGAACUUGAUUGAAGCCAUGCCAACUUCUCCUAUAUUUGUUGGGAACAAGGCGAAGAGGUUAUUGGAAAGAGCAGUGUGGAAUGACACGGCGUUCCUUGCAUCAAUUGAUGUAAUGGAUUAUUCACUGCUUGUGGGAGUCGAUCAAGAGAAGCAUGAGCUGGUUCUGGGGAUUAUCGACUUCAUGAGGCAGUACACAUGGGAUAAGCACUUGGAAACGUGGGCGAAGGCAUCUGGAAUCCUUGGAGGACCCAAAAACGCUUCCCCAACAGUAAUAUCGCCGAAGCAGUACAAGAAGAGGUUUAGAAAAGCUAUGACAACCUAUUUUCUCAUGGUUCCAGAUCAAUGGUCUCCUCCCAGCAUACUCCCCAGUAAGUCCCAGACAGAUUUGUCUGAAGAGAAUUUGCAGGGUGGAGCCAGCACCACCGAGUGA